AUGGUCCUUACGCUCGACGGGUAUAUAUACUAUUCUGUACGCAGAAUCAACUCCUGGUUGAUUAUUCGCACCUUUUUGGUUGUAUUGGCGCAGUGGUACAGAGCUCCAGUGGACUAUUUGCUUAUAGACCACUCGCUUGUGAAAUACGUUAUAUAUGUACUAGAUCGCUCUGAGGCAUGCCUUAGUUAA